UCAUAUUGAGAACCAUUGCCUUUGUCUUAUAUAUGGUAGUCUUUGAGUAUUCUUAGACAGCAAUCGAUUAUUAAUGUCACAGUCUUGGAAUUUUAGACAACAAUUUGGGUUGCACGAUUAUCCAAAUUUAAAUGCUACCGACAUCUUACUAAUGCUUUGUUCAUUUUAGGAAGGCAAAGUGAAAUUACAAGUAAAAACUCACCUGAUCAGUUUAGGUCUGUCGGAUAAUUCCAUUACCACCCUUUUCAAUCUUAUAGAAAUGGAAAACACGUUCCCGAAAAUAAUGAGCGCAUUUCAGAUUAUAACUAGAAAAAAAUCAACCGAAGCAAGCACGUUAGCCAAGCAAGGCUUGCAGGAGUUGAAGAUCAUCAUACAAAAUGCGGAAGCGCUCGGCGUUAAUUUUAACGUUGUCAUUGCUCCCGGCUUACUGUUUAAUGUUCGACAGUAUUCGGGCAUGAUGUGCCAGUUUGUGUGUGAAUUAAAAAAAAAGAGAAGGCGAGGUGGAAUGGACGUGCUCGCUGCUGGUGGCAGGUACGAUGGUAUGAUUGCGAGUUAUCGCAAUGUUAAAGAAGAGGCUAUUAUGUUAAAUAAAGAACUGCAGCAAUCGGCAGUUGGGAUUUCUAUAUCGCUCGAUAAGUUAAUCCAAGCUGUUCAAGAGGGCGGUGAUUUCAGUGAGGCGACAACUAGCAACCUGGAUGCUGUUGUGUGCUCUUUAGGUAACAAAAUUGCGCCUAGAGAAAGGUUUCUGGUUUUAACUGAUCUGUGGGCUGCUGGUAUUCGUUGCUGUUUAAUUGAGGCAAGCAGUCUCGAAGAAAUUCAAGAGCAAUGUACUGAACUUAGCGUUUCUCAUAUAAUUAUAUUAAAAGAAACUGAGAAGGGUACCGUAAGAAUUCGCAGCUGGGAUAGAGAUAGAUUUCAAGAAAAAGUAGUUAAAAUUCCGGAUUUAGUAGAAAAUAUGCAAAGAGUAAUAAAACUGUGGAACGAAGGAUGUGCAGAACAUGUAAUUCCUUUAAGUAAUAUUAAGAAUGAUAGCAGAAUCAGUAGUGGCGAUAGCCAUGAAGCUAUUGUAUCAAUCCUUUUUGUUACAAUGGAGAAAUUAUCGGCGAACACGAGAAAAAGAUACGAAAAUCAGAUAAAAUCCCAAUUAGACAGUUUAUUUAAACGGCUGUCGGGAGAAGUGAUUGUGUUAGCGUUGAGUGUGGACUCCAGUGUAAUCCGUAGUUUAACUUCGUACUUAGAUUUUGAAUCUGAACGUGUAUUUCAGAACUCAUUGAAGGUUGUAAUUGAAAGACACCAAAGGCAUAAAAAAUAUUUAAUGGAAAUAUGUGACGAAAUGUAUGAGCUCAAGUUGAAACACACCAACGCAAUUUUAAUUUUAUACAGUAUAAGUGAUUAUUUUUAUAAGAUGUUUUUAUAAAAGCAAUCCAUGAACUACUGGUUAGGUUGAAGACUUUUUAUUUUUACAGCUGCUGUAUAUUGUGACUAGUAAUAAGAGUAGGUAGUAAAACUGCUUUGCCACAAAAAGUACAUCAUUAUAUCUAUAAAAUUGUGACCUGAACGUAUUUAUAUAAAUGAUAAGUAUUUUUUAAA